AUGGCAGCAAAAGCAGCAUUUACCUAUUCGAUUGGCUCCCCGUAUGUCAACCCGAAAACCAAACUUCCCCAUCAGAUUAAGUCGAGAACUCUAACUCUGAGAUCCCAAUACUUUCUCAGAGGUUACAGUGGCCUGAAGGCUGUUGCUGAUAUAACUUGUGAAUCAGAAACCUCUUUCCUAGGGACGGAAAGUAAUGCAGCUCUACAACAAACUUUUGCAUCAAGAACCCAAAAUUGCAGUCAAAUUUCUCAAUAUCGCUUAAACCCUCAAGCAUCGUGUUAUAAAGUGGCUAUCCUUGGUGCUGCAGGAGGGAUUGGACAGCCUCUCUCACUUCUGAUUAAAAUGUCUCCUUUAGUUUCAGACAUACAUCUUUAUGAUAUAGCCAACGUGAAAGGAAUUACUGCAGAUCUCAGUCACUGCAACACACCAGCUCAAGUACUGGGUUUUACUGGCACUUCUGAGCUAGCCGACUCCUUAAGGGGUGUGGAUGUUGUUGUUAUUCCAGCAGGGGUCCCAAGAAAGCCUGGUAUGACUCGGGAUGACCUCUUCAGCACAAAUGCCAAUAUUGUCAAGAGUUUGAUCGAGACUGUUGCUGACAGCUGCCCUGAAGCGUUCAUCCAUAUCAUAACUAACCCGGUGAACUCCAUGGUUCCCAUUGCAGCAGAACUGCUGAAGCAAAAGGGGGUUUAUGACCCAAAGAAGCUCUUUGGAGUUACCACGUUGGAUGUUGUAAGAGCAAACACAUUUGUUGCUCUGAAGAAAAACUUGAAGCUGAUUGAUGUUGAUGUCCCUGUGGUGGGAGGGCAUGCUGGAAUCACCAUAUUGCCCCUCUUGUCGAAAACGAGGCCAUCAGUGAGUUUUACCGAUGAGGAAGUGGACAAACUGACUCUGAGGAUCCAAAACGCAGGAACAGAAGUGGUGGAGGCCAAGGCUGGGGAAGGUUCUGCUACGCUGUCUAUGGCAUAUGCUGCUGCACGAUUUGUGGAGUCAUCUCUGAGGGCUUUGGAUGGAGAUGCAGAUGUUUAUGAGUGUGCUUAUGUGGAGUCGACUUUGACUGAACUUCCUUUCUUUGCCUCACGAGUUAAGCUUGGUAAGAAAGGCGUUGAGGCAUUUAUUUCCUCUGACUUGCAGGGAUUGACCGAGUAUGAGACCAAGGCAUUAGAGGCUCUGAAGCCUGAACUCAAGGCUAGUAUAGAUAAAGGGGUGGCUUUUGUCCACAAACAACCUGUGGCUGCAUAAAUUCAUACUAAUUCUUAAAGAGUCAAGAGUAGUAAAUAAAACAUGCUACAGUUGAACCUUCUGUGA